AUGUUUAGCUCAAUAAAACUUGAGGGCGUUGAAAUCGGUAAAUGUUGCCACAGUCGCGUCAAAGUCCUCAGCCGUGGUCAGCCGGCGAUCCAGUGCCUCAUCGGCAUGCGCCCGCGCGCCUCACGGAUGGUUUGGCGGGUCACUGGUGAUCGGUUGCCACAGCGCCGUGUGCAAUCCGCGUUGGCUGGAUAUCGGAAAAGUUCGACGCCGAAGGUCACUCCGUCGCUCAUGAAUAUGCAACGUCUCGACGCUGGCACGCCAACGACGGACGCUUAUGCCUCGAUUAAUUUGGGUUGCUGGUUGCUGCCCCUCGCGACUCAGUCACGGGAGGCGUCCUUAAUUUCACCCCGUUCGAGUUACACAGCCGACGUCGACGCUCGUAAUGGAAACCACGUAACUCAACACCUCCUUGCCGACUCUCACCUUUUACCAGAUGGAAAUACGGAGCGGAACGUGCGUUUCCUAGUACCGCGUCUAGACACCGUUACCAUUGUGCGGCGGGCGUGUGUGCUGCGAUUCAGACGUGUUGCAGUUCAGAGGGCGGCCGUCGUCACGGCGCCGGCUUCCCACAAUGGCGGCGAGAGUUCCGCAGAUAGCUAUCACGCCUACGGACUCCGUGCACGUCCGCACUCGACUUCCGAGAUACGCGAAACACUCGUCAGCUGCAUACGUGUUGCGUGUACCGAC